GGAAAAAAAAUGAUAGAAAAUAAAUCAUCCUAAUGGAAAUACCUCAAGAGAGAGAGAAAGAAAGGGAGAGAAUCGGAUUUAAUGUCAAAGCUCAAAACAUUCAAAUUGGUAAAAAGUGUCAGAUUCAAAUCUAUUUUAAAAUAAUAGCAUGGGUAUCCUCACAUUUUGAAGUGAAUAGCGCUAACUGCUAUAUAUGAACAGCUUUCGCUGAAAAAAAAUUAGAUAUAAGACAACGUAUUUGUGCCUCUAUUUCAAGAAUUCUUUAUAUCAAAUGAAGAUAAAAUUUAACUGAUUUUGUCCACUGACAAAGUCAAGCUGCCUGGAAUUGUACAUUUACAAAGAACCAGGGGCAAAUGGGUUAUCCAGAAUAGGGCAGGAUAUAUUCAGUCUUGUUUUAGUAUAUUCAACACUUUUGCCUACAUGAAUCAAACUCCUUGUCUUAAAAAAAUGUCUACAUGCCUUGGAAGCAAAGUGACUUGUCAUUAUAUAUCUGUUUUCUCUCCACAGUCUGGAGACCAUGAAUAAGUCAAGGAUAUCUACUGUGACACAGUUUGUUUUGUUGGGCUUUCCUGGUCCUUGGAAAAUGCAGAUCAUUCUUUUCUCAAUGAUUUUGUUGGUCUACAUCUUGACUCUGACUGGGAAUAUGGCCAUCAUUUGUGCCGUGAGGUGGGAACACCGACUCCAUACCCCUAUGUACAUGCUCCUGGCCAACUUCUCCUUUCUGGAGAUCUGGUAUGUGACCUGUACAGUCCCCAACAUGCUGGUCAAUUUUCUUUCCAAAACCAAGACCAUAUCAUUCUCUGGUUGCUUCACACAAUUCUACUUCUUCUUUUCCCUGGGCACAACAGAAUGCUUCUUCCUCUGUGUCAUGGCUUACGAUCGGUACCUAGCCAUCUGCCGUCCACUGCACUAUCCCUCCAUCAUGACUGGGCAGCUCUGCGCCAUUCUGGUGUCUCUUUGCUGGCUCCUUGGUUUCCUUGGACAUUCAAUUCCUAUUUUAUUCAUUUCACAACUACCCUUUUGUGGUCCCAACAUCAUUGAUCACUUUCUGUGUGAUGUGGACCCACUCAUGGCAUUGUCCUGUGAACCUACACCCAUUAUAGAGCACGUAUUCCAUUCUGUGAGCUCUCUUAUCAUCAUCCUCACCAUUUUGUACAUCCUUGGGUCCUAUAUGCUGGUGCUCAGAGCUGUGCUUCAGGUUCCUUCUUCAUCUGGGCGGCAAAAGGCCUUCUGUACCUGUGGAUCCCACUUAGUUGUGGUGUCUCUAUUCUAUGGAACCAUAAUGGUGAUGUAUGUGAGUCCCACCUCUGGCAACUCAGUUGCUAUGCAUAAGAUCAUCACACUGAUAUACUCUGUAGUGACACCAGUUUUAAACCCCCUCAUCUACAGCCUACGCAACAGGGACAUGAAAUUUGCCCUCUGUCAUUUCUUUUGUAGAAUGAGAAUGAUCCAAACCUUGUGAAUGGGUUUUGUAAAACCCAAGGACUCUCUUUAUGCAAGUGGAAGAAUAAUCUUCCAACUCAAACUGACUUGGUUUUAUUCAGAAUCUCAUGGACCUUUUCUGCAAAGCAAAAUUCAUCAUGUAUUUGAUCAUAUUUUAAUGUGGUUUUAGUUUCAUAAAUGUGCUUCAGUGGAAAGAGAUUGCCACUGAACACAUGGUAAAAAUAACUCAUAAAAAUCUUAAUAUUGGAGGGUUGUCAAGAUGGCAGUGUAGGCAGACUCUGAACUCAUAUCUUCCCACAGACACAAGCAAUUUGCAACUACUCUGGGAACAAUUACCCCUGAGAGAGGACUGAAAACUGGAUAAAAAGAAUCCCCCACAACAAGGAACAGUCCUGACUGAGAUGGAAGAGGCAUAAAUUCCUUCUGUAGAGAAAAAAGCCACCUUCACAAGCCACAGCACUUCAUGACUGGCUGAGAGCAAUACUAAGAUAUGCAGCCUUCCCUGGAGGAGUGAGGAACCUGAGCAGGGGAGUGUCACCACUAUAAGCAUAAGCAUUGUCUCAACUGAGAUGAGUCUCACAAUAUCUGGUUUUGCUGGCUACUAAUAACAACAGGGAAUACCACCAGAAAAGCUAUCCAACAUAAGGGGAAAAAAGCUGGCUCUUGAAGGGCCCACACAUAAAUGUACCCAUUUUGGAAAGCAAUCUAAAAUCACGAGAAACAAAGGUACAUAGUCCUUUGGUGAAAAGAGA